CAGUGCGCGUGUCAGCCUCGCCCGGGGCGUCCGGCGGGCCACCGAUCCCGAUCCCGCAGCCGUUCUCGCAGCCGCCUCGGCGACUCGGUGCUCCCGGCCGGCAUCCGCCCGGGACUGGAGUGCGUGUAUGGGUGCCCAGCCCAGGAAUGGCACACGCGGGGGCGAUGCUGCAGGGGCGCAGCUUUGAGUCCUAGAUGCUGAGCCUGGGUCGCCACGGCCUUCUCCCCCUCUCAGCUUUCUUCUGAGACAUAAAACAGCCUGCCGGGGUUGUUUCUCUGCCUGUCGCGUUCUGGUGACCUCUGAGUUUGAAGACUCUGCUCCUCGUCACCCACUGGAUUAUGCCCGGGGUUUUCCUGCCUGAUGAUUCUUCUGCAGCAGGCUGGGCUUCCUCCACCUAAGCGGCCCUCGACCUCUCCUCCUAUGUCAGUGGCUGCCAGGUCCACAAGGACCUUGCAGCUUCCGCCACAGAAGCCUUUUGGGCAGGAGGCAUCCUUGCCUCUGGCAGGGGAGGAGGAUUUAGCUAAGGGAGGAGAGCUAGACUCUGCCCUGGAGGAGCUGUGCAAGCCCCUCUUCUGCAAACUCUGCAAUGUCACCUUGAACUCUGCUCAGCAGGCCCAGGCACACUAUCAGGGUAAAAACCAUGGCAAGAAACUCCGAAAUUAUUAUGCCGCUAACAGCUGUCCUCCUCCAGCCAGGAUGAGCAGCGUGGUGGAGCCUGUGGCCACACCUCUCGUUCCUGUCCCUCCGCAGGUGGGCUCCUGCAAGCCAGGAGGCAGAGUGAUCCUGGCCACCGAGAAUGACUACUGUAAGCUGUGUGACGCCUCCUUCAGCUCCCCUGCUGUGGCACAGGCACACUACCAGGGCAAAAACCAUGCCAAGAGGCUGCGUCUGGCUGAAGCUCAGAGUAACUCGUUCUCGGACUCCUCAGAGGCAGGGCAACGGCGGACCCGGAAAGAAGGGAGUGAAUUUAAGAUGGUGGCCACCAGGAGGAAUAUGUAUACAGUCCAGAGCAAUUCAGGUCCUUACUUCAAUGCCCGCUCUCGGCAGAGGAUCCCGCGAGAUCUUGCCAUGUGCGUUACUCCAAGUGGCCAAUUUUACUGCUCUAUGUGUAACGUUGGGGCUGGUGAAGAGGUGGAGUUCCGGCAGCAUCUAGAGAGCAAGCAGCACAAAAGCAAGGUGUCUGAGCAGCGGUACAGGAGCGAGAUGGAGAACCUGGGCUACCUACAGUGAUGGCCGUGCUUUCGGAGAGGCCAGUCCUGCCUGUUGUU